AUGAAAACACUGAUCAAAUCAUUAGUACUAUGGAAAACUAGUGGCACAACAUUAAAAACAAAAACAACCAUAAUAAACACCUACUCACUAUCACCAAUAACAUAUUUAUCAUACCUUGAAGAAUUUACAAAAGAUGAAGAAAUUCAAAUUAAUAAAUUAAUCUCAUGGUUUAUGAAUUCUCCCUCAAAUUCUGAAUCACCAACUCUCAAUACCAAUUCCAUUGAAAACAACACAUCAACCAUCCAUUCACGUGCAAAAAUACCUUUGAUGUGUUAUGAUAUAUCAUUAAAACCAUUAAAAGAAGGUGGUUGGGGUAUGUGGAAUAUACAAUUACGACAAGUUGCUCAAAAGAUAUGGAUAUACAACAGAUUUUUACAAAUGCAUAAAUCUGCAAAUAACUCAAUAUACAUGAUAAGUUGGAUGGAUCAAAUCAUCAACAAAUCAAUCUCUUCUCCAUACCUGAUAAAAAUCAAAAAAGAAUGGGAAAACUAUGCAACUCAAAUUGGACAUCUAAAAGAUAAAGUUCAAACCCUACAACCAAUAUUAACAAAAAACCAAACCUCUCAAACAUUAACCACAAAUAAUAUUUCACUACCACCAACACUCAAAGAAAUCUACUCGACAAUACUCAACAAUCACCAAUGCAAAUCAAAAGACUAUGUUGGCAAGAAAUAUUCAGAUCUACUUCUUACUUCGCACCAACAAUCAAUACAACUAUUAUGGAAAUACACAUACGACCAACUAUUUGUCAAAAUUCAAAAAUUAAAAGAUCCAAAAGGCCGUUAUACAAGCAAAGAUUCCAUGCUAGAUGUCUUCCGAUUAAUCAUCUACACAACAAAGUUUGCCCCAUUUGCAACAAUGAAAUGA